AUGAGCGCUCGAAGUCGACCUGAUGGAGAUCAUCGUACAACGCCACCAAACAUUGAUGUUAUGUAUUCCCUUAAAGUUGAUAAUUUAACAUAUCGUACACGCGUCGAAGAUUUACGGCGUUGUUUUGAAAAAUUUGGAGGUAUCGGUGAUAUCUAUAUUCCACGUGAUCAAUUCUCUCGAUCAAGCCGUGGCUAUGCUUUUAUUCGCUUUUUGAAGAAGCGUGAUGCUGAAGAUGCACUUGAUCGUAUGGAUGGCGCUGAUCUUGAUGGACGUGAAAUACGUGUUCAAUUUGCUCGUUAUGGCCGUGCGUCAACAACAGAUAGCCAUGAAACAUCACGUCGCCGCCGAACACGUUCACGAUCAAGGUCUCGUCGACGUUCAAAACAUCGAUCGCGCAGUGGUAGUUAUCGACGAUCACGAUCUCGAUCAACAUCACGCCCGAAACGAAACCAUCGUCAUGAAAAUGGUGAACGUGAUCAUCGACGUUGA